AUGCGUUUAAAUUUAAAUACUCUAACAAAUGGAUUCACAGCACAAUCGUUCCCCGGCAUUCUGUCUUACUGCAUCAGCAAGGCUGCUUUGGACCAAUUCACGAAGUGCUGUGCUUUGGAACUCGCUUCCAAAGGAAUUCGCGUCAACAGCGUAAACCCCGGCGUUAUCCGCACGCCUCUGCAACGCCGCGGUGGUAUGUCCGAGGAGGAAUACGCCGCAUUCAUCAAAAAUACAGCAGUUACACAUCCUUUGGGCCGCCCCGGGGAACCGGAAGAAGUAGCUUCAGCCAUUGCCUUCCUGGCUAGUUCUGCGAGCUCAUUCACUACUGGAGAUUUACUCCUGGUGGAUGGUGGGCGCACUGCAGUGUGUCCUCGUUAG